UUUUUCUAAGAUCUCGUUUUUACGAAAUUUCACGAGACUACGAUUAUUAGUUGAGUAACAUUGGUGUUUUUUCUGUCGGUAAACAAAGAACAAAUAUACUAGGAAGAGUUGAUGAGUCAGAAAGUAGAAAAACCGUCACUGUCAGGCCAACGUCUGAAGACUAGGAAAAGGGAUGAAAAAGAAAAAUACGACCCUUCGGCGUUCCGUGAUGCUGUUAUCCAGGGUAUCAAUGACACAGAAGGCGAUCUAGAAUUAGUUGCAAAAUUUUUGGAUAGCUCUAAAUUAGACUACCGCCGUUAUGCAGAUGUGCUUUUUGAUGUUUUAUUUGCUGGCGGACAAUUAGCUCCCGGAGGUUCUAUAGUUGAAGAUCCUGACCAGACUAAAGUGUCUAGGACUGACAUAAGUGUCUUUGGGUGUGAAGAAGAUAGAAAUAAACUCAAGGCGUACUUUGAUGUUUUUAACAAACUUCUUAGAAGAUACAAGUAUCUGGAAAAAUCCUUUGAGGAGUCCAUCAAAAAGAUACUGGUGUUCCUGAAGGGGUUCAAGGAGGAUGAACAACGCAAGCUGGCCACCAUCCUUGGCAUUAUCUUUGCCAAUGGAUUCUGUAAGGCUCAGGUGCUCACUGCUUUGUUUGAGGAACAUUUGGUCAAGGAAGGUAUAUCAUUACGAUUUGCAACGUUGAUGUUCAGGUCUUGGCUUGAAGACAAAGACAUCAACUCUGUUGUAAAGGCACUAAAGACGGCUUCUAUUGACUCAAGACUUCUUGAGUUGUUUCCCAUGAACAAGAGGAGUCAGGAGGCGUUUGUUACCCAUUUUAGGAAAGAAGGCUUAGAAUCUAUUGCCAACUUUCAGGUAAGAUCGGAAAUUGUAUUAUAUGUUUGGAAUACACUGAUGGCUCAAGUGGAGUGGAAUAAGAAGGAAGAAUUGGUUGCAGAACAAGCAAUCAAACAUUUAAAGAAAUACUCCAUGGUUAUGGCUGCCGUGGCCAAGUCGCUCGAGGCAGAAAUUAAACUGAUCGUGAAAAUACAGGAGUACUGCUAUGAGAACAUGGUUUUCAUGAAAGUCUUUCAGAAGAUUGUUGUUCUCUUCUAUAAAACGGAUGUAUUGAGUGAGGACAGCAUACUGAAGUGGUAUAGCACAUCACAUUCUGCAAGGGGCAAGAGCGUUUUCCUGGAACAAAUGAAGCCAUUUAUUGAAUGGUUACAGAAUGCUGAAGAAGAAUCUGAUGAAGAAGAUUAGAAGAGGAAAGAACUCUCUGUUGUUGGGAGUUACCUCCCCUUGCCCUGUUAAUAUUAUAAACCUCUGUUACAGAAUGAAUAGAUGGUGAUGCAGGUCUUUAUAUACCGUAGAAUUGACAAUUGCCUACCUUAAAUAGGACAUAGAGUGUCCUCAUGACAAACGCAUUGUAGUUCAUGUAAAUAGUUAAAAAUCCAAAAUAUAUUUCACAGUGCAUGUUUCAUACGUAAUUUAACAUGUUGUUUACCAAACUGCCACAGUAUGUAUAUCAUUAUGAUAAAUGAGUGACGGUUUUGUAAUUGACUCGACAUUUUAAUGGAUAUCUGCUGAUCAAAAAAUGCAUGUAUUUUCGUUGUUCUUUUUUUGCGGAAUACAGAUAGUUUUUGUUCAGUAGAAUUAUUUAUUAGUAUUUUUAUUUUACUAGAAAUCAGGGCAAAGUGUAACAGGCAGCAGUAUAAUAUGAUUAUAUAAUUUGAAUUCUUUAUAUACAUUUUGCUUGUUUUCAAAAAACUAGUAUGUAUUCAAGUGCUUUUUAUUCGUUCUGUAUAUAUUUUGCCUUGAUUUCUAGUAAUGUAUUUUGAUAGUGUUUUCACGCAUACUCUGUAUAUGAAUUGUCCGUGUUAAAGUAAAUGGCGAGUAGGUGCGUUUUAUAAAGCUGAAUUGCAUUUGAAUUUUCAUUUAAUGUGUGGUUUUGUAUAUGAUCAGGAAAUUGCAGCUUGUAGCAGUUAUUCGAAUUCAAAUAAAUUCCUGUUUUUAAGAUAUAUGUAAAUUUUUUCCUGUGUUGAAAUUUUGUGGAAAUUUUUUAUAUUGGUGUAACAAUGAAAUUUACCAAUAUAUUUUGUGUUGUUGGAUUGCUUGUUAAAACUUUCUAAGAAAGUUGAUGAAUUUAGCAAGAAAGCUGCAAGUGCUUGUAAUAUAAACAAGGUACUUACACCUUUCUAGCUUUAGUAUAUAGGGCUUUAUUAAGUACUUUUAGUUUCAAUUUGUUUCACUGCAUGUAUAAGGUUAGUCAUUAACCUGUGUCAUAUCAUACUUUCAUCAACCUGUGUCAAUGUAUGGUGCUUAUUUUGUGGUAUAAAAAAAUCAAAAUCAGUACUUUGAAUUCAAAAUGAUCUGACAACCUGAAUAUGUCUUGGGGACCAGUCUAGGAAAUACUAGCUUGCCAUUGGUCAGUUUCAAAACUUAUCUCUGAAACAGCCAAUCAGAUGCCUAGAGUUUUAGACUGGUCUCCAAAAUCAUUUGUAAAACCAGUAAUUCUAAGCAUUUAUGAUCUAGAAUUUGACUGUGCCAAUGCCAUAAACACAUUAACCUGUCAUUUUUCACAAGUGCAAUUAGUUUGUUCUCUCGGACUGCUAGUCCAUUGCUAGCAAAUAGGAAGAUAUAGAAUUGUUCUGGUAUGCAAUGUAAUAUAUAAUGGUGCAUUUGGCUAGGUUUGUUAAAAUUGUCAUGAUUUCUCAAUUUUGAUUGUUUUUUGAAACAAGAAAUAGAAUAUAAGGAAAAAACUUUUGUUAAGGAGGUCAGAUUUGCUUAUACAAGUAGGACAAUUGUAUUUGGACUGAACAUAUCUUUGAACACAGGACAGAAUCUGAAUUCCUGAUUUUGUCAAAAUAUGCCUAUAUUUAAUUUGUUUUUAAAAACCGUGUUUUCAAAAUUCAGUAUUUAAAGGUAAGUUUCUGGCUUUUUGGCUGUCUGUCAAGUUCAGCAAAGGAAAAAAUAGAUUAGAUUCAUGAAAUUACUUUUUUUGGUGCAAGUCUAUAAUAAGUCAGUGUAACUUUGUAGGAGAACUAUAUACAGUAGCUGCCAUUGUAAUAUACCAUAUGUACUAUAUAUAUAUGAAAUUGCUUGUAUUUAAUUGCAAUACGGAAUUUUUAUGCGAUCAGGGAAUAGAGAAAUAAUACAUAAUGAUCAUGUUUCAGAAACUUGAACCUCAAAUUGCAUGACUCAGAGUGAUGAAUUAUUGUACUCAUAUUUUGUACCUUGUAAAAAUGUGUAUCAAAAAAAAAAAGACAGAAUAAAUGUUUCUUUUUACAACAUA